AUGGAGCAAGCAGCGGAUAAAAUGUUCAGCUCGACUGCAGACUUUCUGCGAACGGAAGUGAACGCAGUUGUCGACGAUUUCCAACAACUAAAAGCGAUGCAUAAGGCCGUUUUGCACAAGUAUGAAGAUCUGAAGAAAACGACGCAGGUGAUUGGAGGCGCCCUUGAGGCCCCCGAAGAUCAGUAUAAGGAUUUAGCUCCUAUCCUCACUCAACUCGACGAUAUCGAGGAGGACGUCAGCAAUCUUGAACAGGCAGCUUUCAAAUUGGAUUCAGACUGCAAACAGCUAGAACAAAAACUGAGGAGUCUCGAAUCGAUCGUGGUAUCCCGACCUUGA